AUGGGGAUGGGCCUGGGGACUGCGACCGCGGACUGUGAGCUGGGGCUGACAGCACAGCGAGAGAGGGUGCGCAGGGAAGACGGGUGGGAGGUGAUGAUGACCGGGCGCGGGAGAGAAAGGAAGGCGUGGAUUAAAGCUGAUGUGGAAGCUCCCAGUUUCGAGAUACAUCAUUUUGAUGUGCUUGAGAAAUUCAACGCCUCUCUUUCCAGUACGAAAGCUGGGCUAAUUCAAAGCUGGCUGCCAACCUGGACCCAUAGCGGGCACCUCACCAUCACGAUGGCCUACAAGAAGCAGCCUAUGAGUUCAGGAUCUCUCAGUAGUUUGAGCACCAGAAGAAGUGUCAGUCAGAGCCUGCGCUCCCCCAUGUACUUCUUCCUGGGCUACCUGUCCCUGGUGGAGAUCUGUUACUCCUCCACUGUGGUGCCUAAGUUCAUCGCGGAUCUGCUCGCCAAGGUUAAAACCAUCUCCUUCAAGGGCUGCCUGGCUCAGAUAUUCUUCUUCCACUUCUUUGGGGUCACCGAGACCCUCCUGCUCACGGUGAUGGCCUAUGACCGCUACGUGGCCAUCUGCAAGCCCCUUUACUACACAACCAUCAUGAGCCGAGCUGUGUGUCACCACCUGGUGGCCGGGUCCUGGCUGGGGGGCUUUCUUCAUUCCAUAAUUCAGAUUUUCAUCACCAUCCCAUUGCCCUUCUGUGGUCCCAAUGUGAUUGACCACUACUUCUGUGACCUCCACCCCUUAUUCAAGAUUGUCUGCACUGACACUUUUAUGGUAGGAAUUAUUAUGUUUGUCAACAGUGGAUUAUUCUCUGUGUUCUCCUUCCUCUUCUUGGUGUGCUCCUACAUCGUCAUCCUGGUCAGCCUGAGGAACCAUUCUGCAGAGGGGAGGCGCAAGGCCCUCUCCACCUGUGCCUCUCACAUCACGGUGGUCAUCUUGUUUUUUGGACCUGCCAUCUUCCUCUACUUGCGUCCUGCCUCCACCUACACCGAAGAUAAGCUGGUGGCUGUGUUCUACACAGUCAUCACUCCCAUGCUGAACCCCAUCAUCUACACACUCAGAAAUGCGGAGGUGAAAAUCGCCAUGAGGAAGUUGUGGGGCAAGACUGUGAACUUCAUGGUGAAAUAA